GUCGAAUGAAAAUUUCCGGCACUCUGCCGUGUAGAAAUGAUCAGGCUGCUGAUUUCUGUUAUUUGCUGACCUGAGAGCUGCUGUUGAAUGCAAGGCGGCAGUACGUCAUAUUACGUUGCCGUGUGUGACAGCGGCGACAAAGUAGGGCCCACCUGUCAGCGAAGAGCAUCACAUACCCUGGCCCAACAGCCGGACGGCCCACCCAGGAAGCCUACCAUGUAAACGCCGCACAGAUCCUGCGGCACGACACCCUCCACCACCGUCUCUCGUCCAAACGCACGCGCGCGCGCGCUUUGCAACUAACCAAGGGGAGGGUCAAGAAGAGGAGAAAAACAGCAGUGCAAGAAGCCAAGAAAAUGGCCGCCGGCCCCGUCCCGGACGGCGUCUCCUCCUGCGGCAGCACCAACAUGCGCCGCGCCGACCAGUUCCCCCCGCUCCUGUUCCCGCUCCCCUGCAUCGGCGAGCCCGCCGCCGCCUCCCGCGUCUCGCCGGGAUCCUCCCCGGCCCACUCCGAGGCCUCCGGGGGCGCCGCGUGCUACGCCGCAGACGCCGAGCCGGAGCCCGACGCCUCCGCGGGGAGGAGCACGCAGAUGCUGCUCGCGAUGGCCGCCAUGGGAGGACGCGGUGGGCACUACGGCCGCCGCCCGGUCUCGUCAUACGGCAGCUGCGCCGCGUGGAGCGCCGGGUCGCUCACCCACCACCGCCCGGCCUCUCCGUCCCCGAUUUGCAGCCCAGUAAGCAGCCGCGGCGGCGGUGGCGACCGCGAGCCCCACGGCGGUGAUGACGCCUCCUCGUUCGUCACGCCACGGCUGGAAGAAGAGCAAGGGAGGCUGCCAACCAGAGCAGAUUUCAUGAAGCCUUCUGCUACACCGCGAAACAUCAGACUACAGACACCCAGGCACCCUUCGCUGCUGGAUAGGAGAGUUGAGGGAACCAAUGAAGUGCCUCCAAGAUUCAUCCACAGAGCAACGCCUGCUAGCUUGAUGCGCCGAGCUCGCUCCUCACAUAAUUACCAUCAACGCAUGGGGGCAAUAGAUGCUAUCAAUGAAUGGAGAUUGCCCAAAGUCAGUGAAGAGGAAGAUGAGGCAGGGGAUCAGAAGGACUGGCAGACUGAUACCGUAUCAUCUCGUAUAUCCUCAGCUCGUGAUUGGAACUUUGAGUCUGAUGGUGCCUUUGAGGGUAGCAAUCAUAGUGGUAGUGCAUUUGACCAUUCAGAUGGUGAGAAUUGUCCAGUUGCAGUGCAAAGGAUGGAAAGACGGCUCCCGAGCUCUGUGUUAAAACCUCAAGGCAAUUUUGUCCAUGCCAAAUUGGUUGCCUGGAAAGAUGCACAGGUUGCGAAGCUCAUUGAAAAGCUGAAAAGGAAAGAAGCUGAUAUUGAUGAUUGGCAGAAGAAUAAGAUUGCAAAGGCCAGGCAGAAAAUGAGACAAACUGAGGUGAAGUUGGAGAAGAAGAGAGCGCAAGCAGGAGAGAAGAUGCAAAAGGCGAUAAAACAUGCACAAAGGAAAGCUGAUAAGAAGAAAGUCAAGGAGCAGGCAGCCACUGCCAAUCAGAUAGCUGGUGUUGAGAGAGCAUUGGUGAAGAUGUCAAGGACAGGAAAGCUCCCCUGGUCACUGGCUUUUCUGUGAUCCAGCUCUUCAUUUCUGCUAGUCCUACAGAAGCUGAUUUGCCCAACCGUGAAAGUAAUUGGUGAUGCCAGCAUGGCAAGAGUAAUAUGAGUGAAUCAAUUGCCAAAUACUUGAAAUCAGUAUAUAACGUAUCCGUAAAAAGAAGAGAGGAUAUACUAGUGGUUGGCCAUUCUUGAUGAUGGAAGUUUUAGGUCAUGCAACACUUUAGCAUUUGAACUCUGUUUUUGAACAUGACAUGAACAACUGGGGAUGAAUUGUAGUACUUUCCCUUAUGUUGACCGAUCACUGUUCUGGGAAAUAACAUCCUCUCUGUUUCAUUGAAAUA